UAUUUGUACAUUGCAGGCGGACGUCGGUUCUCUCACAACCUGCGUUGUAUGUACGGAUUCUCACUUGGUUGGUUACCCGUCCUGUUCUGGUGCUUUUUGACCCCUACUUUUACUAUGCUACUAUUUGUGUACAGCGUGAUCAAGUACGAACAGCUAGCUUAUCGAAGAGCAGGGCAGACAACUCCUUAUGAAUUUCCCAUCUGGUCUGUUAACUUGGGCUGGUUGAUGGCAAGCUCCACGCUGUUUUUGAUCCCCAUUGCGAUGAUUGUACAAAUACUGCAGACUUCGGGCCCAUUUUUUCAGCGGCUGAGGACCUUGCUGACGCCGAAGCUGCCAGACCAUUCGAUUGAGGAAAUGAAUUCACUCCGAUCCUCAGGUGCAAUAGAUGGAACUGCGUCAAAUCCGAUUUGCGAGAUCAUCAGGCUGUCGAUGGAGGACGACUAUGAAGGAGCAUCUAACAGACACAGCUUACCGAAUGGAACCUAAGAUAUGAAGAAAUAUUUGCACAAAUGAGCGGCGUGGGACAAAUUUGAUAUAUCGAUUGGAUGAUUGACACUAAACAGAGAAGUGCCGUUUCAUACCGAAUGAGCCUUCAUAGACCAGACAGUAUUCUGUAAAGGCAUUGUCAUCAUCAUUUUUACCAUUGUUACAGUAGCGCAUGGUAGCUACAACUUUUCCUUCUUGUCGGAGAUCAACCCAGAAUGACAUCGAUGUAUUGUCAAACACGUGGAGGCUACCACAGAUAGAGCAUUGUUUGCACAGUUAGAACUUUCAUCUAUCACGUCAUAAAAUUUUCACUUGUCUUUCAACACGAAACAGCAAUUAUGCUCGGCACUGUCUUUGUGCGCAAGUAUGUUCGUGUAAACUCACCGACACAGAUGUUCGUUAGAUUACUCACCGAGAAAUCAAAUAUUGGUGUUAUACUUCAGCGUACUAAAUGAAUGCGG